AUGAAACCACUGUACCUGAUCAUGAGCCUUUUGGCUCUUGCAGCAUGCUUCUUGCCCAGUGAAAGUCAAAGAGGUCCCAGGAGACAAUAUCCACCUCGGCUUCCUCCUCCUCCUCCUCUAAAUUUUCCUUUUGGUCCAGGAUUUGUCCCACCCCCUCCUCCACCUUUUGGCCCAGGGAGAAUUCCACCACCCCUUCCACCUCCUUAUGGCCCAGGGAGAAUUCCACCACCCCUUCCACCUCCUUAUGGCCCAGGGAGAAUUCCACCACCCCUUCCACCUCCUUAUGGCCCAGGGAGAAUUCCACCACCCCCUCUACCUCCUUAUGGCCCAGGGAGAAUUCCACCACCCCUGCCUGGAAUCUAUUAUGGCCCAGGUUAUCCAUAUCUACCUUUCCAACCAAGACCUUAUCCAACUGGAUCUCCAACUGGAUACCCUUAUCCUCCCUUUACUCUUGAACCCCCAAUACAAACUACUACAACAGAUUCCACUACAACCACAACAGGCACCACUACCACCCAAACAAAGCCCACCACCCCCACAACUACCACUUCUACUCCCCAAAAGACAACUACCACUUUGACUCCCGAAGAGACAACUACAGCUUCAACUCCCCAAAAGACAACUACCGCUUCAACUCCCGAAGAGACCACUAUGGCCUCAACUCCCGAAGAGACCACUACGGCUUCGACUCCCGAAGAGACCACUACGGCUUCGACUCCCCAAAACACAAGUCAGAAGAAGUUUCUAGAUAAACUCAUUUCAAUUUUUGGAUGA